CUCUAGAAGAUUACAGUCGCUUCGUGUUCAUUCCUCUCAGUGUGUAUUUAAGCUGGUUCUAUUUUGAGCUAUAACGACAUUACAAAACAGAACUGCAUAACCUCACAUGUCACAAUAAACACUUGUCCUGGACACGUUCACACGAGCUCUGAUCUCACUUAUCAACAGGUGUGUAUGUUAAGCUGUUGAACCUGUAGAUCUUUGCAUACAAAAGAGUGGCCAUACGGGCCUGUCGUCAUGCUGUGCUGGGGUAAUGCCUCAUACGGGCAGCUUGGUCUGGGUGGGAUAGAUGAGGAGAUCGUGCUGGAGCCACGGAAAUGUGAAUUCUUUGAGGGCAAGCAUUUACGUGAUGUGGGGUGUGGCAGACGUCAUACCGUCUUUCUGCUGGAAGAUGGAACUGUGUACACCUGCGGCUGCAAUGACAUGGGUCAGCUCGGGCAUGAGAAAGCUCGCAAGAAACCAGAGCAGGUAGUGGCUCUGGAUGCUCAAAUCAUUGUGGCUGUGUCUUGCGGUGAAGCUCAUACCCUCGCUCUGAACGAUAAAGGGCAAGUGUUUGCAUGGGGUCUGGGCUCAGAUGGGCAGCUUGGCCUCACAAAUGUAGAAGAGUGUGUCCGUGUACCCAGGACUGUCAAAUGUUUAACAGAGGUGCACAUUACCCAGGUGUCCUGUGGAUAUUGGCAUUCUCUUGCUUUAGCCAGAGGAGGACAGAUUUUCUCCUGGGGCCAAAAUAAAUAUGGCCAGCUGGGUCUUGGGACGCAGGGAGCUUGUGUCUCUUCCCCACAAGUCAUUCAGUCUUUAGAGGGGGUUCCAUUCAGACAGAUAUCUGCAGGCGGGGCGCACAGCUUUGGGCUCACGCUGUCUGGGGCCGUUUUCGGCUGGGGACGGAACAAGUUCGGCCAGCUGGGCCUCAAUGACAAUGAUGAUCGCUAUUUCCCUGCCUUACUGAAGACUCUCAGGUCUCAACGGGUCGUGUAUGUUUGCUGCGGAGAGGACCACACGGCAGCCCUGACAAAGGAAGGCGGUGUGUUUACGUUUGGAGCUGGAGGGUACGGCCAGCUGGGACAUAACACUACAAACCAUGAGGUGAACCCCAGGAAGGUUUUUGAACUCAUGGGAAAUGUGGUUGCACAGAUUGCUUGUGGUAGGCAGCACACUUUGGCGUUCAUCCCCUCAUCAGGAAAGAUUGACUCGUUUGGUCUCGGGGGUAACGGACAGCUCGGGACCCGCUCUACCUGCAACAGGACAAGCCCCGCCACCGUGAAGGGCUGCUUGCGAGCACAUACUGACCCCAUGCCGAUGAAUAUCGAGUCAGAACAGAGUUAUUGUGUGAAGAAGAUCUAUGCAGGAGGAGACCAGAGCUUCGCUCACUAUGCUUCAUCUCAGGGUGACAGUCCUCCGGAGGAUGUGAGAGUGACCAGACGUGCUGGACAGAUCUACACACUCAACUCUGACCUUAUAGAGAAGUGGCUCAGUCAUGGUCAUGGCAGACUCCCGCCAGAGAUCACUAACGAGAUCGAUCUUGUGUUCUCUUCAGGGAGUUGUCUUAACGGAAGCUUUCUGUCUGGAAGUAAUCCAGAUCACUACAGCACCAACAGUAAGUGCUCAGGUGUGGACAUAAACAAGGCUCGUCUGCUUUACCACAGAGUGAUCCAGUCCGAUUACCCACAGAUUUCACAGAUUAUAGCUGCUAGUUUGGAGAAGAAUCUCCUCCCCAGAUUGAGCAGUUCUCCUCCAGACAUCGAGGCUCUGAGACUCUACCUCACACUUCCAGAGUGUCCGCUCCUCAGCGACCCCAACAACUAUACCACACUUACCAUCCCCUUUGCCAAAGCAGUCGUCAGCCUGAAAGACGCUCCGGUCAGAGUGCUUGGUAACUGGUGGUCCAGGUUUGAGCCGGCAGUCUUCCAGAGGCUGGUGGAGCUCUACAAGGAUGUGGUGGUGUAUCUACUCAGGAUGCAGAAACUGGGAAUGUAUCACUCUGAACAGAGAAUCCUCACCUGCUUCCUGAACACCUCGCUCAAAUUCCUGGAGAUACUGCACUCAGUUAAUGAGCACGCUGGUCAAAUCAUCCAGUAUGACAAGUUUUAUAUUCAUGAACUGGAUGAGCUGAUUGACAUCAGGCAUGAUUAUGUCUCCUGGAUUCAACAGCAGAUGUUUUCUGUGGUCGUGGACUCUCAGAUCACCUUGUGUAAAUACCCGUUUGUUUUUGACGCUCAGGCGAAGACGACACUGCUCCAGACUGAUGCUGUCAUCCAGAUGCAGAUGGCAGUAGAUCAGGCUCAGAGACAGAACUUCACAUCUCAGUUCCUGUCCGGCGGAGGGGUGGAGUCAGUGAACCCCUGCCUCAUCCUCAUCGUACGCAGAGAAAAUGUGGUUGGAGACACCAUGGAGGUGCUGAGGAAAUCAAAAAACGUUUAUUACAAGAAGCCGCUUAAGGUGAUCUUUGUUGGAGAGGAGGCCGUGGACGCCGGUGGCGUGAGAAAAGAGUUUUUCCUCCUCAUGAUGAAAGAGCUGUUGGACCCUAAAUAUGGCAUGUUCAGAUACCACGAGGAAUCUAGACUCAUCUGGUUUGCACAUAAGACAUUUGAAGACAUCGAUUUGUUCCAUCUGACUGGAGUGAUUUGUGGAUUAGCCAUCUAUAACUUGACAAUAGUAGAGCUGAACUUUCCUCUAGCGCUGUAUAAGAAACUCCUGAAGAAAGCGCCCACACUGGAUGACCUGAAGGAACUCAUGCCUGAUGUAGGAAGGAGUCUUCAGCAGCUGCUGGAUUACACUGAGGAUGAUUUGGAAGAAACAUUCUACCUGAAUUUCACAAUCACAGAGGAUAAUUUCGGUGCUACAGAGGUAUUGGAGCUUGUACCCAACGGGAUGGACAUCAGUGUCAACAAAUCCAACAGGCAGGAGUUUGUCAAUGCAUAUGUCGAUUAUAUAUUCAACACCUCCGUGGCUCCUCAGUUCAAUGCUUUCUACGCUGGAUUUCAUAAAGUGUGUGGAGGGAAAGUUCUGGAGCUCUUCCAGCCCAGCGAACUGCAGGCCAUGGUGAUCGGAAACACUAAUUAUGACUGGAAGGAAUUAGAAAAGAGCACAGAGUAUAAAGGCGAUUACUGGGCGGAGCACCCCACCAUCAAAAUAUUCUGGGAAGUGUUUCACGAAAUGUGUUUGGAAAAGAAGAAACAAUUCUUACUAUUCCUCACGGGCAGCGAUCGUAUCCCCAUCCUGGGCAUGAAGAGCCUGGCGUUAGUCAUCCAGCCCACCGGUGGAGGCGAGCAGUUUUUCCCUGUAGCGCACACAUGCUUCAACCUUCUGGAUCUGCCCAAGUACACUAGCAAGGAGACACUACAAGAGAAACUGCUGCAGGCAAUCGAACACAACCAGGGCUUCAACCUCGUCUGACGCGUGAGACUCGCAGGUAUCAGAUACUUAAAGUCUGCUGCAGAGUUCGGCUGAUUAAUCACGUGACUGCUGUUACUUUGGGUUUGUUAUAGAAAUAAAAGCAAUUGCUUUAUCGUGCAUCCGAUGCUAUAACAGGAAGAAUCAUAAUUUACAUUAACCACAAUUCAAAGAGAAGAAGAUAUCUGCAAAGAUAGGGUCCGGAGGAGCUUAAUAAAAUAUGUAAACAGUGUUUGUAUAUCAGUAUUUUGUUACUUACUCAACGUUUCGGGUGACACUUGUGUGCUAAUGAUUAUUGUAAAAAAAAAUAUUUGAAGAGUGAAAUAUUUGGUAAGCGAUUAUGGACGAAUAGUGUUGUAGAAUAAUUGUUCUGCACACUUGUAUUAAAGUUAAGUGUUCUUUAUCCUUGGAUCACUGUUUGGUUAUGUUCCUUUACAACUAAACAUUGUGUUUUGUUUUUAGCUAAUUGAGUUUAAUUUUCUAAAGAGGAGUAAGUAGCAAAAUCUGAUAGCUUGUAAUAUUUUUCAUAUUAAGUCUUACAGGUGUAAAGUGAAAGAUUGCAUGAUUAAAAAAUACAAUAAAAUGCUGCUAAUCAUUUCUGAGAGCAGUAUUGAAUUCUGAUCAAUUAAAGCAACAAAUCGGUCAUUAAACGUAUAUUAAUUGUAAAAGUUUACCAAACAACUGUUAGUCUUAAUGCUCUCUUCAUCCCACAUAUAGUCGUUGCUGUACCAUUGCGCGUGUGAAGGAUAUGUGGAAAUGCUGACAUUUUUCCUGUUUGUAAAUUGUAAAUAAACGUGAUAUUU